UCAGUUGAUGUUCGAACGUGCUCAACGGCACAUCCAUUCUUCCGUUUAAAGUUCCAUUUCUCUUGCUUUAAACAAUUCACUUUUUUAAAAUAAUUAAAAAUCUAUUUUUGUUGAUAAUUUUGUAAUUUUCAUAUGUUCAUAGUGAAAUUUCGUAAUAAAAUUUCUUGUGUUUUUAAAUCGUGAUAGUUUCGUUGCCAAAGCAAAAGAAAGCAAAACAUUUCUAUUUCUUUUAAUUAAAGUAAUAAAUCAUCGAGAAAGGAAAAGUAAAAGCUGUUUGUUGAAUUCUAAGGAAACGAUGUCGUCGUGGAGAUAUUACUCGUACUCAAACAAUUACCGAGACAAAAUGUCGGAUGUGACGACAGGCAAACAACUUCAACGAGUUUUACACUAUUCCGUAACUCCAUGCCGCCCACUUCAAUCAUGCAUUCGCCGUAACGACACAAGCGCAAUCUAUGACGUCGACUGUGAUGAAGUUUACCCAAGAAUUUAUAUUGGAGACGCCGCUUCGGCUAAGAACAAACAGUAUUUAAGAUUAAUGGGAAUCACCCACGUGCUUAAUACAGCUGAAGGAUCAAGAUUUGGUCAAGUUGAUACAGGGCAUGGUUACUAUCGAGAUAUGCCAAGUCUCAGUAAUAAAGUAUUCAGUUUCGCUUUCAAAUACUUAAAAUUUCAAUGUUUUUUUUGUAGAUAUAUGGGAUUUCCUUUAAUUGAUCAACCGAGCACAGACAUCUCACGUUACUUUUAUAUUGCGUCGAAAUUCAUUGAAAAUGGCAUAAACAGUGGAGGAAAAGUUCUUGUGCAUUGCAUGGUUGGAAUGUCGCGUUCAGCAACAUGUGUACUUGCUUACUUAAUGAUAGUACGUAAGAUGUCAGCUACCGAAGCAAUUAGAACUGUUCGUAUGCACAGAGAUAUUCAUCCAAACGAAGGUUUCAUCCAACAAUUGGCUGAUCUUGAUAAUGAGCUUAAGAGAGAACGUUCAUAUUAUUGAUUAUGUGCUUUUGGUUACUGCCAAAAAAAUACUUUUGAUUACAUUUGAAAAACAAAUUUUCCUUGCUGAAUUUGCUGGAGAUCUUCCAAAUUUUGAAGGGAAUUAAUUGUGUAACCAAAUAUAACAUCGCACACAAAUAAGAUAACUAAUAUUGAGAUUCCAGCAAAAAGAUUAAAAAACCUUAACAGAACACUUUGAAAAAAUUAGGUUCAUCACAAUGAAUAUUAAAUUGAUUAUUAAUAAUUGACACUUUUAAUGAGAUAGAUAGAAAUGUAUGGUAGACAAAAGAUGAAUAUCUAUUAAGAUUAAACGUAAAACCGAAAUUAAGGAAAAUUGAAUUGUUUCAAGGUUUAUCGUAGAAAUUUCUACCAUGAUGAUGAAUGAACAAAAAUGCUAUCAAUAGACAAGAUUGAUGACAUUUCUAAUAUCAAAUGAUGUUUAUAAGUAUCUACUCGAGGAUCCUUGUAUUAUGUAGAAACGUAGGUUUCAAAGAAAAGGAAACUCGAAUGAAAUGUUUGUUUCCAAAGCUUUUUCCUGACAGUGCUUUUCACCACUUCUCUUUGGUGAAAGCUUUUUUAAAUUUUAAAAGUUCGUUAAAAGCAACCAAAUGUUUCAAGGGAAAUCAUUUUUGUCAAGAAAGUAAAAUAAAUUAAGGAUAGCAGCUACCAUAUUACAAAAAAAGAUCAGAAAAUUCGAAUUCAAUAAGGAAAUAUCCAAUAAAUUUGAACUUCAUUCUUUCUUUUUCCUUGUCAUUGAAAUAUUUUUCUUCCCAACAAUAGUUUGUAAAUUAUUUUGUAAUGUCACAUGUUUACACAGUAAUGUCUUCUGAAAGAAUUCCCUAUUCUCUUUCAGGUAAACAAUAGUAAAGAAAAAUCUAAAGAAAAUGUUUUUCAUACAGCAUGAAACCAAAGCAAGAGAAAAAGAAGCGUUUCUUCCAACAUCUUAUAUAGAUACCAACUUAUGUUUGUCAUCACAUUUUUAAUCUUAUGUUAAUAGUUCUUUUACUAAAACAAUGACCUUCUUUUGAAGUCGUAAUUUUUAAGAAGCUUUACGAGAUCAAAAUUUUAAAAAGGUGUAAAAAAAAUUGUAAAAUUGAGGCUACUUUUAAAAAUAAUUAAAAUUUUAUGUAAAAAAAUUGCAUUGAGGCAUUUUUAAAAUAUUUGUUUUGAUAGUUGAUGCCAAUAAGAAGUUUGAUUUUAGCAAAAAAAAAAAAAUGAGGCUACUUGGAAAGUUAAAUUAAAUAUGUUGUAGUUAAUUUUAUGUCAAAUCUGUGAUGGAUUUUUUAAUGAAAUGUGCAAAACAUAGAAAAUAUUUUUAACAUCUUCGUUCGCUCAUUUUCUUUCAUUUAUUAUUCCAUUCAACUUGUUGCAUGAAUCAUACUUACUUAUCAGCAUUGCUCGAAAUAUCAACAACAGUUUAAUCCGAAAAUAAAAAAAAUAAUAUAAGAAAAAAACUUAAUGAAGAAUAAAUUAAAAUAAUUUUCAAAUAGUUGUGUUGGGUUUCAAAUAGCUAUAGCUAAAAUAAGUUUCAGUUGAUGAAAUUUAUGUUGUCGUAAAUGUAGAUAUCAAAAUUCUGAAGGAGAUGUUUGAAACAUGAGACAAGAAGGAUGUCUAAAAUCAUCAAGAACUAAACAUGAAAAAAAAAUAUUGUUUUACGGUUUUUAUCCAUUUUUUGUUUAUUUUUUGUUUCUUAAUGUUUUUUUUCUCCAAUACAAAUCUCUUCCUCCCACACAAUGUUUGAUACCAUAGUUUUACAAAUGCUUUUCCCUUUCCACUUGUAUUCUCACAAUAACAUUGUUAAAUCGUGAAAAACAGUAUAAGAGGUACAUAAGAAGGAUAAAAUAAAAUGAUAAAUGUUUAUUUUUAUUUUAAGUUUCUUAAUUACUCCCCACUGCUCUUUAAAGGUAUAUUUUUUUAGUAAGGUAAUUGUUUUAGACUUUUCAUUUUGCUAGACAAAAUUGAUAUAAUAAUUUCCUUUUUCAUUCAUUUCGUUUCAUUAAUUGCCUUUGAUGUUCCUCUACAGAUCCAAUCAUCUUCAUCAUUUCUUUCUUCCUUCUCUCAAAUCGUGUAGAAGACGCCAAUUUUACGAUAAAAAUUCUUUGCCUAUCCAAAGUACGCUGAUUUAAUGUUUGUUUUUUUUUAAUAAGGAUAUGACAACUGACAUCUCUGAAUAUAUUUUUAUAAUUUUGCUUUUAUUAAAACUUUCACUGAGCUUAAUAUGUCAAAGUACAAAUAUUCGUUCGAUUUAUUCAAGGGAAAAAACAUGAUGACUUUUAAAUUAAAUCUUACGAAACUUUAUCACUUUAAACCUAAGAAACCAUCGGAAUGAAUAGAAAACUCUUUCAAUAUUUCAUAUUUAUCAUGCAUUGUUAAAAUUUAAGCUAAAAAGACAAAUACUAGCUGCAACUUAAAGUCAUUUUUGUCUGUUUAUGUAGCGUAAAUAUAAAAAUUAAACAAAUUAAAUCACUUAAAAAGUCGAACAUGUCUUGAAAACAGAGAAAAUUUCUACAACUCGUGUUUCUUCCCUUAAAAUUGUUUAUCCUCUGUUUUUGAGUUUAUUUACGAUCCCGUUUUAUUAUUUUUGUCUAAUUUGGUCAUUAAAGUUAUCAACCAGAACUGAAAAUCUUUAAUUUUUCAAGCAUUUCUCUUUCUAAUACUUUUUUUG